GUGGACAUCGAGCCGAGGGGACAGACGGCCGUGCGGCUGGGCGAGAGCCUGCAAAUCUUAUGCAGAGUUGGUAAACCGCUUCAGGUUUGCCGCGUUGAGAUACCUGGCGAGGACAGUGGCAUGCUGUUGUCCAAAGGCCAACCGCCCGAAGACGGCAUCGAGUACUAUGGCGAAGGCACGGAGAAGGGCCAGUGCGGUGUGCACAUCGCCAGGAUCAAAGAGAGCCACGACGGACUCUUCAAAUGCACUCUGGCGACUACCGACAGUAGAACGGAGGCACAGGCGAGUGUCAGGAUCAUCGUCGCUAAACCACCGAAUAAUCCGGAGCUUCACACUAGUCCCGGUUCGUACGGUAGAUAUAUCUACAGGAAAGGAGAAAAGUUGGAAGUGAGCUGUAACGCGCCGUCCGGACGACCAGCGGCGAACGUUUCUUUAUACCUCGACGACGAGCCCAUCGGCAACGAGGACAGGCACAUAAUUUUCGAUACAAACGUCGACGAUCAUUCCCUGGCUGUGCAAAAUGCGUCGCGUAGCUUGGAUUGGACCGAUAACGGGAAAGUUCUUCGAUGCGUCGCCAGUCACAUCGCACUCGACCAGCCUAAGAACACUACCAUGCAGCUGCAAGUUUACUACCCUCCUCAACCGCAACCACCCAUCGAGCGUUUUGGGUUUGUAAUUGGACGUCAGGGGGUCGUAAAUGUGACCGUGUACGCAAAUCCAAGGCCUACUUUCUUGUGGCGUGUCGACAACGAGAAGAUCAACGCGGGCCUUCCAGACGAAAGUAACCGGCUUGAAACAUCAACUGCUGUCGAUCUGGGGAAGGGAGCAUGGAGCGUAAUUUUAACGAUCGACAGCGUUCAGAAAUCCGACACUGAAAAGGAAUAUAUCCUGGAAGCCCGUAACGAGGAAGGAGCUUUUGAAUAUCAUAUCAUUUUGUCGACAGCCACAGAACCCGCAGGCGUUGACUUAGAUGCUGGUUCGAUUAUCGGCAUCGUCGUUGGAGCCUUGGUGCUAAUUCUCAUCGUUUUCAUAAUAAUUUUUGCCCGCGCGACCGGACGCUGGUGCUUCGCAGCGAGGCGUCGAGGCGACGAGGAAGCUGCGAGCGGUGUCGGUGCCGGAAGCGAGGCGCACAUCACUCCCGGGGACGAGGACGAGGAGGAUCACGAGGACCCGCACAUCAUCGACGAGAAAAUACCGCAGGGUGGCCAGGAGAAUCCGAUACACGCGAGCACGGAAUACAUCAACGGGAAUACGGACAUGAAGGAGCCCAAGAAGGACGAGAAAACGGACACGCCUGUAUAAAAAAACGAUCGACGAUCGCUGACUCCUUCAACCGCGAUUAUAAACUGUCACCCCUUGAUUCGAUUCAUAAGCCCUUUGCACCGAUCCUUAAUCAUGCGAAACGACAUGUUUCGAUUAUUUUGUCUUGUAUUCGAUGCGUCGGAUCGAAAUGAAUAUCUCUCGAUGAUUCAAUCCCUCAAUUAUUAUACUUAAAAUGUUAAUUAUUUGGAAGAGGGGAAAAAAUAGUUACAGAUUGGUAAUGACUAUUCUUGGCUGAAUAUCUAAUCGCCGUUUUAUGAAAACAACUAUUAGGACGGUACGAUAAUAUAUGAUCUAGCGGAUUUAAUAACCGAUUGAUAUCGGUUUAUUCCACGGAGUUGGAUCCUUUAUUAACACCAUCCGAUCCAACUCGAGGUCAUCGUGGUCGUACGUCAAAGGUUCUCUAUAUAUAUUCUUAAAGCCGAUAAUUACAGAAACGAUCGUAUCGUUAUCUUACCAUUACCUGUUUUUAUCACUCAAUGAAUUCCCGACGCAUGUACCGGAGGUGCAAAGGAUCUAAAAUCAGUGACAGCGAGGUGCACGUGUCGUGUCUCCUCUCGUUCACGUGUUCUCCCCUGUAUCUCGCCACAGCAAUCUCAUUUUAACUUUUUUUUCACCCAAUUAUAACGUAUUUAUUCAACGUGACACACGUGUGUGUCAGAUUCUCCCAACGAACUCGAUUCAAGUGAUAAAUUACAUGUAAGAAGAAUCUCGCGUUAGAUCUGAUCCGCUUUUUUAUGCUUACUUUGGCCCCUUCGAUGGCGGUUAUUCGUAGCCGAAGAGACAGAACCGUGCACGAACCUGCGCGUUUUAUAAAAGAAGAUUCUCCGCUCGCCGACGGUCCGAAACGAUCCCUCGAUGCCUCGACGCGUGUGUAAUCGCAAAAGCGAGACACUCGUUCUCCCUGAUCGCCGUGUAACUUCUGUAAAUAGGGUUUCGACGCGACCCACCGUCGUCCAGUCGGCGGUCUCACCACCUUUUCUUUCUUCUCACGGAUGUAUCAAAUCGAAGAAACUUCGCUUGGAUCAAGAUAUUCAUACACCGUCAUGCGACCCAUAACUUCUCGAGGAUAUCUCUCUCUUUUAACAAACAUAGAUUUCCCAAUGGGAGAAAAAAUAAUGGAAUCUUAGGACUUAUUAAACAAACAUGAUGACGUCCUCGAUAAAUUAUUGGGUCGGAAUAUCGCUAAUGUAUCGUUGUUAGGUAAUGCGCGUUUGCGAGCUGUUCUCAAAUUGUACCGUUCUACUCUAGGUGAAUCCAUGUAAUCGAGUUUCCUGCGAGAGAGAAUGCCGAUCGAGACAGAGACUACCGCUACGAUUACCGCCUCGCGUUGUACCCAACGUCUAGCAGUUAUUACUAACAGAUCUAAUUAAGCGGUACGAAACGCGGAGACGCACCGUUUUUCGUGGCGAUUGAAAAACAAAAGAGUCUCAUAUACGCUAGCGUGAACAAAUCAAAUUUUGUAGUAUCGAAUUUUUUCUAAAAGACCCACGAACGUUGAGAAAAAACACAUGGGGGAAAAAUCAUAAAACAAAAAAAUAUUGUACGAUGAAUUGCGUAUGCACUGUAAACAGAAAUUCUCACGGUUUUAUAAUUCACCGUUUACCUUUCUGUUCCUCUAUUUCGCUGUGAACUUUUUCGAAAACUGAACUUCCAACAAUAUUUUUAAUGAAUUGAACGCGCUACACGGUAACAAACGAGUGUAUACAUAAAUGAAACCGUGUUUCCCCUUUGAAACACGCCGAAUUGACUGACGUAUUUUUUUUAGAAACCUUUAGAUGCCUUGGCUCUUUCAGCUCGUCGCAUCGGUUGAAUGUUUCUGUGAGAAAUCAUUUUUACGUGCACACGCAAACGAGUAUAUAAUAUCACGCCGUUACCACGUUCGAAGACAAAACGAACACAUUCCACGACGUAGUUUUCAUUCGCAGCCUAUCCUUUUAUCCGGACACUCACACGUACACGCACACACACGUAAUCGUUUUAUGAUUUGAACGGUUUUUGCCAGAAAAGGACAGUAUUAUUUAUACGAUUUCAAAUGAACUAGUGAUCCGAAUACGAGGAGUACGUAUUCUACUUUUAUAUUCCAAUCUUUUCAACACGGGCACUGGCUCGUUAUACGGCUAUUUUUUCUACGCGGUGUCAAUCACUAUACACGCUCAAUUUAAAAUCCAACGACUAAUCAAAUUAUAAUAAUAAUAGUCUUUUAAUCCUCUGAUGUGUCACGUUUUAGGAAGUACCUAUUUAAAGCCACGAUUCUUUCAUUUAAAAGAGUUUUAAAUUUCAAGCGAGAUUUUUACAACAUGCUUUCACUUUAGAAAGCACUAGUUUUUUUAGUGACUGCUAUAUUUCAGACAUUCGUGAAAUAAUAUAGAAAGAUCGAAAUAUACACAAAUAAGAUUUUUAAAAACACAGAAAUGAAGAGUUAACGCAGUACAGUGGUGAAGCAUUUUCACUUUAGCAACUACGUCCAUCCACAGUGUAUCUUCGUACCUUGAGAGGUUGCGAGAAAGCUGGAAGCAUUUAUCGACUAUCGAAAUUUUCUACUAGAUACAGUUUUAUAACAAGAACUUUUGUAAAUGGUACGCACUCAUAUUACGACUUCAUUGAAGACCUGAGACCAAACGACAUUUGAUUUCUGGUUGAGAAAUUACGACUUUUUGAUACCGAGCUCUUCGUACGAAUCGCUUAAUCGAUGAAAAUGUUCGAUAAAAGUUCAUUAAUAUCGCAGUCUCCUCGAAGCGAAGCCAGGCCUUGUCAUUCCCCUUCGUUCACGGCGGAAACAGCGUCUGCAAGCGUUACGCUUUAACGAGAUCACAAGGGACCCGAAGUCGCCGAUUUUUCCUUUUUCUAACGCAGUCGUUCCGACGCCGGUUCUCGCAUCGCCAACCGACUCUCACGGUCGAUAAUCCUUUUUUCUUUCACGCGACAAGCGACAGACAGAUACGCCGUUAGCAGGCUGGAUAAUUUAAUAGCUUUACACCUUUGCGUCUGUCCGAGAAGGACUCGCAAAAAAAGGGAAAAUCGUAUUCGUCGACAGGCCGCGACGGAAUAUUCAUCGCGGAAGAGCCGUUAACUGGCGAGGAAAAUAACGUUACGAGUAUCCUAUUCUUGUAGCAAACGAGUCGCGUGAAUUAAUUAUCGAUCAUGAGAGUGCGCGCGAACGAUGCGUUAUCUGUUCGUUCGAAGGUUGCGUCGUUUGUCGUUAAUGAGAAAAGAAAAAACUGAGAAUCACGAGACACGGCUGGGGGUGAUCAAUCCGUAAGACGGCAUAUACAGAUGAAUUUCGACGUAGCGACGUCUCGCGAUUUCAUUAUCAUUCCCGUCGACAAUAAGUGUUGUUUGUACUUUUGUAUGAAUAAAUGUUUGCUUAGCUCGGUUAUUAUCAUUGAAUGAGAAAAACUGAUGAUUGUACACUCGUAAUUAGACGUAUGCACAGACUCACACGAUACACGACACUCACAGAAAACAAUGUUUACGAACGUAGGUGUCCACGGCGGUCGUACAGACGAGUUAUUAAGGUAAAAGUAAUGGGGAACGAUGAAUGAAAGAAAGAAAGAAAGAAAGGGAAGGGAGGAUGAAAAAUUGAAGCGACUAUCGAGCCCGGUAUCCGUCACCCGUUGACGAAACAUUUCCGAAUUCUGCACAUACACUCCUUCAUUAUUUCCAUAUGCGUGCGAUCGUGUUUUCACUUACAAAGAAUGAUCGUCUUGUCCAACGAGUUCUCCUCGAUAUGUGUUAUAGGAAAAAUUAAAUGCUCGCUAAAGAGAUAGAAAGUAAAAAAGAAAAAGAAAAAA